CAUCUACCGGCUCUUCAGAGUCGAGCUAUCAGUGCUGAAGAACCCUUUUAGCCCUCAAACACCUCAAUAGAGCUCAAGCAAACGAAUCUAGUCGUUCAGGUACGGUCCUCAGAUUCUUAGUCAACUUUCUGCACGUACGCGCCUCGAUCUCGCUGCAAGAUAGCAAGAAAAAGGAACGCAGGCUUUGUAUCCUCUUUGUCGGAAUCCGUGGCGUUGAAGUGUAUCCUCGCCCGUGCAUCAACUAGACCUGCGACAGCGGAACUUGCACAAUUAUGGAGGCCAUUCUCGAUUUCUCUCAAGACUUGGAUGUCACUCUGUUGGAUAGGAUUGUGACUGCCAUGUUCUCCGGGAACAGGCAAGAGCAAAACCUGGCCCAACAAGUGCUGACUCAAUUCCAAGAGCAUCCCGAUGCCUGGAGCCGUGUGCCUGCCAUCCUCGAGUCCGGAUGUGGAUCGCAGACCAAGUACAUCGCUCUGCAAAUUCUCGAAAAGCUGAUUCAGACGAGAUGGAAAGCCUUGCCGGUGGAUCAGCAGCAGGGUAUCCGAAACUUCAUCGUCCAGGCUAUCGUGGAUGUCGCUUCGGAUGAGACCAGGCUGAGAACGGAAAAGGCCUACGUGAACAAGCUCAACUUGGUGUUGGUACAGAUCCUCAAACAAGCCUGGCCUCAUGACUGGCCGUCGUUCAUUCCCGAGAUCGUGGCAUCGUCCAAGACCAACCUGUCGCUCUGCGAAAACAACAUGAUCAUCCUCAAGUUGUUGUCAGAGGAGAUCUUUGACUACUCGGCCGAACAAAUGACCCAGGCCAAGACCAAGAACCUCAAAAACCAAAUGUGUGGAGAAUUCUCCGAGAUCUUCCAGCUCUGUAGCGAAGUCCUCGAAAAGGCCAACAAAACGAGCUUGAUCAAAGCGACCUUGGAGACGCUAUUGCGUUUCUUGAACUGGAUUCCCCUCGGAUUCAUCUUCGAAACUCCCUUGAUCGACAUGCUGGUCACCAAAUUCCUCGAUCCCAUAGAGUUCAGAAACACCACUCUCAAAUGCUUGUCUGAAAUCGGUGGUCUUGACAUCUCGAACGACUACAACACCAAGUUCAUCAACAUGUUCGCGGGCGUCAUGACAGCUGUCAACCGCAUGAUCCCCACCCACACCGACAUCAAGGCUGCUUACGAGACCUCAUCCGACGACGAUCAGCAGCUCAUCAACAACUUGGCUCUGUUCCUUACCAACUUUUUGGGCAUUCACCUCAGGCUCAUUGAGACUGACGACAUGAAGGACCUUCUUCUGAACGCCCACUACUACUUGGUCAAGAUCUCGACGGUUGACGACCGAGAGAUCUUUAAGAUUUGUCUCGAAUACUGGACCAAGCUCGUCAGCGAUCUCUACGAGGAGACUCAGUUGGCUCCCAUCAUGGGUGAGAUGAACCCUCUGAUGGCCUUGAACCUCGGAGGUGUCUCGACGGGCAUGGGUCUCGGAACAUCGGCGCAAAGCAACGCUUCGAGCUUGAGGAAGGGUGUAUACUCGGACAUUCUAUCACAGCUCCGUUUGGUCAUGAUUUCGCGGAUGGUCAAGCCUGAGGAGGUCUUGAUCGUCGAGAACGACGAGGGAGAGAUCGUUCGAGAGUUCAUGAAGGAGUCCGACACAAUUGUCCUGUACAAGACAAUGCGAUCCAUUCUUGUCUACUUGACGCAUCUGGAUGUGCAGGAUACCGAGGCCAUCAUGACGACGAAGUUGUCAAAACAGAUUGACGGUUCGGAGUGGUCUUGGAACAACUUGAACACCCUCUGUUGGGCUAUCGGAUCGAUAUCUGGAGCUAUGAGCGAGGAGGUGGAGAAGCGUUUCCUGGUUACGGUCAUCAAGGAUCUCCUCGGCUUGACCGAGCAAAAGCGUGGAAAGGACAACAAGGCGGUCUGCGCCUCCGACAUUAUGUACAUCGUUGGCCAAUACCCUCGAUUCCUCAAAGCCCACUGGAAGUUCCUCAAGACUGUCGUCAACAAGCUUUUCGAGUUCAUGCACGAGACUCAUGAAGGUGUACAAGACAUGGCAUGCGACACCUUCAUUAAAAUCUCGCAAAAGUGCAAGCGACACUUUGUUAUGCAGCAGGCUGGCGAAUCGGAGCCUUUCAUAGAUGAGAUCCUUCGUAAUCUGCACCGGAUCACUGGUGAUCUUCAGCCCGCACAGGUUCACACUUUCUACGAGGCAGUCGGGCACAUGAUCUCGGCUCAGCCCCACAAGACGGUACAAGAGAAGCUUAUUGAGCGUCUCAUGAGCACGCCGAACGAACUGUGGUUGAACUUGAUGAUGCGUCAGGCCAACGGCGUAGAUGUUCUCGGAGAUCCCGAGAAUGUCAAGCAGAUCGGGAACAUUCUGAAAACAAACGUCGCAGCCUGUGUCGCUAUUGGGCCAUACUUUUUGCCUCAAUUGGGCAGGCUCUGGGUUGACAUGCUUGGUCUCUACGGAGCUGCUAGCAACAACGUCAGCACGGCGGUUGCUGAACAGGGGCUUGUUGCGACUCGAACCCCGAAGGUCCGAGCCUUACGAACUAUCAAGAAGGAGAUCCUGAAACUGGUCGAGACGUACAUCAAGCGAGCAGAAGACCUGGAGGGCACCAACGCCAACCUGAUCCCUGGUCUCCUGGAGGCCGUCCUGGGAGACUAUUCGCGCAAUGUGGCGCCUGCACGUGAUGCCGAGGUGCUGAACUUGAUCGCCACGAUCGUCGGUGUUCUUGGAGCGAGUCUCAACCCCCAGAUCGCACCCAUUCUCAAUUCCGUUUUCGAGCCCACCUUGGAGAUGAUCAACAAGGACUUUGCUGAGUUCCCUGAGCAUCGAGGAGGAUUCUUCCGCAUGCUGCGAGCGAUCAAUAUCUCGUGCUUCCCAGCUUUGCUCGAGCUUCCGGCCGCUCAAUUCAAGCUGCUCAUGGAUUCAAUUAUUUGGGCUAUCAAGCAUACAAUGCGAGACAUUGCCGAGAUCGGACUCAAUCUCGCCAUCGAGCUUGUCCGCAACUUCACCAAGGAGGACGCCGCCGUUGCAAACGCCUUCUUCCAGCAGUACCUUUUGGCCAUGCUCGGUGAUGUGUUCUACGUUCUGACGGAUACCGACCACAAGAGCGGAUUCAAAUUGCAAGCUCUUCUGCUGCAGAAGCUCAUCAACCUCGUUGAAUCUGGUCAGGUCCAGGCUCCGCUCUGGGAUCCCGCAGUCGUGACACAGCCGGACAUUACCAACGGCGUGUUCCUGCGAGAGCACAUUGCCAACCUUUUGCAAAACGCGUUUGCACAUGUGCAGAGCAACCAAAUCAAGACUUUCGUCAACUUGCUGUUCGACGCCUCUGGUGACGUCGAGCGAUUCAAGCUCACCUUGCGAGAUUUCCUCAUCUCACUCAAGGAAUUCUCUGCGGGCGAGGACGACAAUGCCGAGCUGUACGUCGCCGACAAGGAGGCCGAGCUCGAGCAAAAGGCGCAGGCAGAAAAGGAAGCGGCGAUGCGGGUGCCCGGUCUGCUCAAACCAUCCCAGAUCGACGACGACGCGGAGCUAUGAGCGGUCUCGCUAUAUCGAUUCUUUCCGGUGGCAAGGGUCAAGGUCCUGUCCGAAUUACGCAUUCCGUUUACGCCCUUCUUACUUUCUGCUUUGCUGUAUCAUCUGGGGACUAAGAGCUUGAGACCGAUCAAGCCGAAUCAUGCCG